AUGCCUUUAGAAUUUCUUUUCGGGCGUCGCAUGACGCCGGAAGAAAUGCUUCGCAAGAACCAACGUGCAUUGAAUAAAGCCAUGCGUGAUUUAGACCGCGAACGUGGCAAAAUGGAGGCACAAGAGAAGAAGCUCAUCAACGAUAUCAAGAAAAUGGCGAAAGACGGUCAGAUGGAUGCUGUCAAAGUUAUGGCUUUGGACCUUGUACGUACCCGGAGGUACGUGAAGAAAUUCAUCAUGAUGCGUGCGAAUAUACAAGCGGUUUCGUUGAAGAUUCAAACCCUGAGGUCGGUUUUACGCUACCGACUUCGCUACUUCCCCCAAUGCUCUCGCUACGCUUGA